CUCGAGGCGAUAUGAUCAGUAAUACAGUCUGGACUGUGCAGCAUGCAUGCUACCAGGCUUUCUUACAAAUCUCGGUGAAUGCCUUGCAAAGAUCGGAUCGCAAAUGUAGUCGCUUCACUCCUUGAAACCAUCCUCCAAAGGUAGCCCUACCCAUGACAGAACCCGCACCUGAAGACGAUAGUAGUGCUCCUAGUGACUUCACAUCUCAAAUUUCUGAGACGUUGAAGCUUGGAUCUCCAUGUAAUUCAGGUUCCUUCGGCGUGGUUUAUCGACGUACCAUCAAGUCGAGCAAAGACUCAAUGGAGGUAGCAGUGAAGGUGUUCAAGAUUGAUCCCGGGAGAACUAUGGAGAAAAUUGAAAAAACAAUGCGUCGGGAACUCCUGGUUUGGCUAAGAUUGAAGCACUCGACUAUCGUACCGCUACUUGGCACCGCGACGGUCGAGUCUCCAUUUCCGGCUCUCGUUUCCCAAUGGAUGUCUUCUGGGACAUUAUAUAUGUACCUUGAACAAGUUACCGCUACCGUUUCAACUAAAAUUGAAUUAUUUUAUGCUACAAGGCCAUAGGCGUUGCUGAUGGCCUGAAUUACCUUCACUCGGAGAAUAUCAUCCACGGAGACCUUCAUCCUGCAAAUGUGCUCAUAGAUGAUUCGGGGAAUCCACGUCUCACGGAUUUCGGUCUCGCGACAGUCGCAGG